AUGAUGAGGCCACCGGCCGGUAAGACUCCAUUAGUAUCGCACUAUUUGAUUAUGGUAAAAGCAAAAGCACAUGAAUCGCGAUGGUGUGUCAAACCGUAUAAAGGAUUUGUUGUUGGUUCACCAUCAGAAACUUUCAAGGAUAUCGUCUCUACGGCGUUUGAUGAUGUAAAUAACUCAUAUUCGCAUGCGAAACACUCUCGUUAUGAUGAGAUGUAUCACCCGCAUUUGGGGACAUUCAGAGAACGAAAAAUGUACACAACGCUUGCACCAAGUCUUUGCAUUCCAAAGAGAAAUCGCGUUUGCGAUUACGAUCUGGUCCCACACAAGUCGUACAACACAAAACAAAGUGAAUGGCUUGUUGAGCGGGAUCGAAACCAUCGCGUGAUGCUUCCGCGCAUUGCAACUCGUCCUCUUAAAGAAAUGACCAUGCCCGGGGAAAAGCCACUAAGCAGGUGUUACACACUGCCGACGAGUACUACAAGGUUCGACAACUAUUUCCGUUAUUGGAAAGGCCGCGCAUGCGGUUUGGAUUACAUCUCACCGUUUUUAGAGCCGGAAGAUUGGCGACCAGCUGAGGAUCGUCGUUACCAGCGCAUCUAUUGGGCACCCGAAUUUCUCUCAAUCACUCCUUCCUGCCGGCAUGCCGCUAAUUUCAUGCUGUCAGCUUACUAGUGAUGGCAUUCGCAGGACACAACGACAAUGUGAUAUCCACAUAAGCUAUAGAGCUGCCGUUUUGCUGAUCAUCAUUAGUACUACGCUGAGCCUGUUAUAUCCGAUAAAAAUGUGCAGAG